AUGGAAGCAAGAGCCGAUCCCGCUGUCUACCCGGACAUACCUCAGCAGGUGGAACAUCUGAACCAUUUGGUCCCGUUAGAGCCGAUCAACCAGCAUCAUGCAACCCAGUCUGUGUAUAAAGCGAUUUCGGUUAGAGAUGGUGUCACUUAUUGUAUACGAAGACUUCAUGGAUUCCGUGUGUCGUCGCCAAAGCAACUACAGCCGCUAGAAACGUGGAAAAAGCUGAACAAUGUUAAUGUGGUCCAACUACGCGAAGUGAUUGUAAAUUGUAAAUCAUUUGGGGACAGCUGUAAGUUAACUCUACCUUGA